UGACGGUGCGGCCGGGCCCGCAGGCGGCAUGGGGCGGGUGCAGCUCUUCGAGAUCCGCCUGAGCCGCGGCCGCGUCGUCUACAGCCCGGGGGAACCGCUGGCGGGGACCGUACAUGUGUGCCUGAGGGCGCCGCUGCCUUUCCGAGCCAUCCGCGUGAGCUGCACGGGUUCCUGCAGGGUCUCCAACAAGGCCAAUGAUGCUGCCUGGGUGGCAGAGGAGGGCUACUUCAACAGCACUCUGUCGCUGGCGGAUAAGGGGAGCCUGCCCACUGGAGAGCACAGCUUCCCCUUCCAGUUUCUGCUUCCUGCCACAGCACCCACAUCUUUCGAGGGCCCUUUUGGGAAGAUCGUGCACCAGGUGCGGGCCACCAUCGACACACCGCGUUUUUCCAAGGAUCACCAGUGCAGCUGUGUGUUCUACAUCUUGAGCCCUCUGAACCUGAACAGCAUCCCCGAUAUCGAGCAACCCAACGUGGCUUCUGCCACCAAGAAGUUCUCCUACAAGCUGGUGAAGACAGGCAGCGUGGCCCUCACCGCCAGCACAGACCUCCGGGGCUACGUGGUGGGGCAGGUGCUGCGGCUGCAGGUUGACGUCGACAACCAGUCGGGCAAGGACACCAGCCCUGUGGUGGCCAGUCUGCUGCAGAAAGUGUCCUACAAGGCCAAGCGCUGGAUCUACGACGUGCGGACCAUUGCGGAAGUGGAGGGUGCCGGUGUCAAGGCCUGGAGGCAGACGCAGUGGCAAGAACAGAUCCUGGUGCCGCCCCUGCCCCAGUCGGCCCUGCCGGGCUGCAGCCUCAUCCAUGUGGACUACUACCUGCAGGUCUCCCUGAAGGCGCCUGAGGCCUCCGUGACCCUCCCGGUCUUCAUCGGCAAUAUCGCUGUGAACCAAGCCCCGCUGAGCCCUGGGCCUGGCCUCGGGCCACUGCCCGGGGCUCUGCCCACGGUGGUGCCCUCUGCGCCGCCCCCGGAGGAGGCAGAGGCGGUUGCCGGCCACCCCCAGUUCGCGGACCCUGUCUCCCUCAUCACCCAGAGCCAUUCGCCACAGCCACCGCCUGGUGCUCCUGACCCCUGUCCUCACGACGGCAGCCCCGCUUCCCACCCUCUGCCCCCUGCCUUGUGCAUCUCCACAGGUGCCACUGUGCCCUAUUUUGCAGAGGGGUCUGGAGGAGCUGUGCCCACCAUCAGUACCUUGAUCCUACCCCCAGAGUACAGUUCGUGGGGCCACCCCUAUGAGGCUCCGCCGUCCUACGAGCAGAGCUGCGGAGCUGCGGAUCCUGGCCUGACCCCAGAAAGCUGACCCCGAACCGAGCCGCCUUCUCCAGGACCUUUGCCGUGGGACCAGGGCCUCAUGCCUUCGCUCCCGGCCUGGCCCGGCCUACUCAGGACUCUCCGCGCCCUCUGCCUCCCCCUGGGCCGCCUCCGUGGCCCCGUGCAGUCGGCCUCUCCCAGUGGCGGUGGCUGGACUGACAGGUGUAAAUA